CCGCGCGCCUGCGAGGGGCGUGAGUGUCCCAGGGACCGAGACGCACGGCCCGCGUGCGGGACACGGUCAUGGAGGAUGCGGGAGCUGCCGCUCCGGGGCCGGAGCCCGAGCCGGAGCCGGAACCCGAGGAGCCCGAGCCGGAGCCCGAGACGGGCGCCAGCAUGUCCAAGACGUUUUCCCGGCUCUGGACCGAUGUGAUGGGCAUCCUGGACGGCUCCCUGGGCAACAUUGAUGACCUGGCGCAGCAAUAUGCAGAUUAUUACAAUACCUAUUUCUCCGACGUGUGCGAGAGGAUGGAGGAGCUGCGGAAACGGCGGGUUUCGCAGGACCUGGAUGUGGAGAAACCCGAUGCCGGCCCCACAGCACUUCAGCUGCGGUCCCAGAUUGAAGAGUCGCUUGGUUUCUGCAGCGCCGCGUCAACACCAGAAGUGGAAAGAAAGAACUCUCUCCGGAAGUCAAACUCAGAAGACAGCUCUGUAGGAAAAGGAGAUUGGAAGAAGAAAAAUAAGUAUUUCUGGCAGAACUUCCGGAAGAACCAGAAAGGAAUAAUGAGGCAGACUUCAAAAGGAGAAGAUGUGGGCUAUGUGGCGAGUGAGAUAACUAUGAGUGACGAGGAGCGGAUUCAGCUGAUGGUGAUGGUCAAGGAGAAGAUGAUCACCAUCGAGGAGGCGCUGGCUCGGCUCAAGGAGUACGAGGCUCAGCACCGGCAGUCAGCUGCCCUGGACCCCACCGACUGGCCCGACAGUUCUUGCCCGACAUUUGACGGCUCAUCCAACUGCAAUUCAAGAGAACAAUCGGAUGAUGAGACGGAGGAGUCGGUGAAGUUUAAGAGGUUACACAAGCUGGUGAACUCCACUCGCAGAGUGAGGAAGAAACUAAUCAGAGUGGAAGAAAUGAAAAAACCCAGCACAGAAGGUGGAGAGGAGCCUGUGUUUGAGAACUCCCCAGUGCUGGAUGAGAGGUCUGCCCUCUACUCUGGAGUGCACAAGAAGCCAUUUUUCUUUGAUGGCUCCCCCGAGAAACCUCCGGAAGAUGAUUCAGACUCUGUCGCCACUUCGCCAUCAUCUGGCAACCCGGAGACCUGGGGAGCUGGCCGGAAGUUGGUCAAAACCUUCAGCAAAGGCGAAAGUCGGGGCCUCAUUAAGCCCCCCAAGAAGAUGGGGACCUUCUUCUCCUAUCCAGAAGAAGAAAAGGCCCAGAAGGUGUCCCGCUCCCUCACUGAGGGCGAGAUGAAGAAGAGCCUCGGGUCCCUGAGCCACGGGAGAACCUGCAGUUUUGGAGGAUUUGACUUGACAAAUCGUUCUCUGCACAUUGGCAGUAAUAAUUCUGACCCAAUGAGUAAAGAAGGAGAUUUUGUGUACAAGGAAGUUAUCAAAUCACCUACUGCCUCCCGCAUCUCUCUUGGAAAAAAGGUCAAAUCGGUAAAAGAGACGAUGAGGAAGAGAAUGUCUAAAAAAUACAGCAGCCCUGUCUCUGAGCAGGACUCGAGCCUCGAUGGAAUGCCGGGCUCCCCUCCGUCCUCCCAACCUGAGAGUGAGCACAUGGACAAGCCCAAGCUCAAAGCCGGGGGUUCUGUAGAGAGUCUGCGGAGUUCUCUGAGCGGACAGAGCUCGAUGAGCGGUCAGACAGUGAGUACCACCGAUUCCUCAACCAGCAACAGGGAGAGUGUCAAGUCGGAAGACGGUGAUGACGAGGAGCUCCCCUACCGGGGCCCCUUCUGUGGGCGUGCCAGGGUGCACACCGACUUCACCCCCAGUCCCUAUGACACAGAUUCGCUCAAGCUCAAGAAAGGAGACAUCAUCGAUAUAAUCAGCAAACCACCCAUGGGCACCUGGAUGGGCCUGUUGAACAACAAGGUGGGCACCUUCAAAUUCAUCUAUGUGGACGUGUUAAAUGAGGAAGAGGAGAAGCCCAAGCGCCCCACCAGGAGGAGGAGGAAAGGAAGACCACCCCAGCCCAAAUCUGUGGAGGAUCUCCUUGAUCGGAUUAACCUGAAAGAGCACAUGCCCACCUUCCUGUUCAACGGAUAUGAAGAUCUGGACACCUUUAAGCUCCUGGAGGAGGAAGACUUGGAUGAGUUAAAUAUCAGGGACCCGGAGCACAGAGCUGUCCUCUUGACCGCGGUGGAGCUGUUACAGGAGUAUGACAGUAACAGCGACCAGUCGGGGUCCCAGGAGAAGCUGCUCGUGGACAGCCAGGGCCUGAGCGGAUGCUCGCCACGAGACUCAGGCUGCUACGAAAGCAGCGAGAACCUGGAAAAUGGCAAGACCCGGAAAACCGGCCUUCUCUCUGCCAAGUCAUCCACUGAGUCCAGCUUGAAGUCUUUCAACAGGAGCCAGCUGGGCAACUACCCCACCUUGCCGCUGCCAAAGUCGGCGGACACCCUGCAGCAGGGGGAAGAGAGCAGGCUGGGCCGUGGCCUGACCUCUCACACCCUCAAGCGCUGUGAGCAGCCGUGUGUGACUGGCUUGAUGAAAAACCGGAGAAGCCUCCCCGUUUCCAUCUGUCGGAGCUGUGAGACCCUGGAGGGCCCCCAGCCGGUGAAAACUUGGCCCCGAUCCCAUUCCCUGGACGACCUUCAGGGAGAGCCUGAUGCUAAAAAAGAUGUGCCUAGUGCAGCGACAGAACCCUCCCCUCAGAUUGUACCAGAAGUGCCACAAAAGACAGCCCCCUCCAUCACAAAGGUCCCCAGCCCCAAACGAGAUUCUGCCGUUGACAAUGCAUUGCUACUGACCCAAAGCAAUAGAUUUCCUGAACCUCAGAAAACGACUACUAAGAAACUGGGUGGCUCGAGUGCAGCCUCUCCGCGUGGCCUGUCGCCUCCCCCAUGUUUACCCAAAAACUAUGACGCUCAACCGCCUGGAGUUAGACACAGUUUAACAAGGACUCCUCUUGAGGGUCACAGAAAAGGACUCGAUUUUGAAGGAACCUGUCACCCCCCGGGCACCAAAGAAGGUGAGCAGAGAGGCCCUGAGGCCAAGACGCCGGCCCGACAUCCCACUCAGCCUCCUCCUGUUCCUGCCAAGAAGAGCAAAGAGCGCCUGGCCAUGGCCAACGGCCUGCACCCCGGCCCUCCUGGCCCCAGCGCACCGAGCCUGCCCCUGAAAAAGGGCGGCUCCAGCGGCCCCAGCGGCCCCAGCGACUGUCCCUCGCCUCAGGCUCCCAGGCCCCCCUCCAGGCAGGAGCCUGGCAGCCCGCCCAGCUCGAGGCCACCACCCUGGCUCUCGGAGCUGCCGGAGAGCGCGAGCCUCCAGGAACAUGGCGUGAAGCUGGGCCCGGCCCUGACCAGGAAGAUCUCCUGCGCCCGGGGGGUGGAUCUGGAGAUGCUCACCGAAGACAAGUUACGGGCUGAAGGCAUCGAUCUCACCGAGGAGCCGUAUUCUGAUAAGCAUGGCCGCUGCGGGAUUCCCGAAGCCCUGGUGCAGAGGUACGCAGAAGACCUGGGGCAGCCUGAGAGGGACGUCGCUGCCACCAUGGACCAGAUCCGGGUGAAGCUCCUUCGCAAGCAGCACCGCAUGGCGAUCCCAAGUGGCGGGCUCACGGAGAUCUGCAGGAAGCCCCUCUCUCCCGGCUGCGUUUCGUCCGUGUCGGAUUGGCUGAUCUCCAUCGGUCUGCCCAUGUAUGCCAGCGCCCUCACGGAGGCGGGGUUUAGCACACUGGGCCAGGUGCCUUCUCUGUCCCACACUUGCCUUCAGGAGGCCGGCAUCACAGAGGAGAGACACAUAAGCAAGCUGGUGUCUGCAGCCAGACUGUUCAAACUGCCGCCAGGCCCCGAGGCCAUGUAGCCGGCCCGCAAUGGACCGCCCUGGAUGAGAGCCGCCCUUUCACUGUGCUUACGACGCCGAUGCAAUUCCUCCUUCCCUGCACGUGCAGACCAGAUAUAGGAGCGCGGCCCAGCGUGUGGCCAGGCAGAGCGCAAAUCCUUGGCACAGGACCGGUGACCCUCUCUUACCCAGAAAAGCCCCUUUGAGGAAAUUGGUGUGGUUCUCUUCCACCCCCAAAGAAAAGACAAGCACUUAUUUUUAUUUCCAGAACGUAAUAGAACCAAGAUGCCAACUUGCCACAAACGCCGUGCCUCCGGUCUGUCUUGGUGCGCUGGGAAGAGGGCUGGGGGCAGCAGGGGGGUGGGCAGCCAGUUUCGAUUCCGACAGUGCCCUUGCCCUCCUGCCUGUCACCCGAGGACCAGGCAGGCUUAGCUAGGCCAAAGCAGCAGACUCGGGAGUGAUUGGAAACGUUGACAUGCUCGUUGGUUCAGAAGAAAAUCUGUCUGCACUAGAAAAAAUUUAAAAAAAAAAGUCCUAUUCUCCUUUAGGUAAACAAGAGACAUUUUAAUAAUUGCUUUCUAGCAAUCAGCUUUUAUUUGCCUUAAUAUGAGCUUUUAAGCAGUUAUUGAACUAGUGUUCACUACCCUGUAACCAUAGCUCCAUAUCUUCAGCUUCGACUGCCGUCUAACGUGUCUAGGAUGUUUCCCGCCAAACAAUGGGCUCUUUUGAUUAUCUCAUUCUAACAUGGCUUAUUUUGUAGGAGUGUUUAUUGGGCACAAAUUUCCUGUUGGCGUUCAGUUUUUAAACCAACUACAAAUCCAGUGGAAAACGGUCUGAAAUUCCCAGAGACAUCAUGUGUGUACAUGUGAGUGUGUGUGUAUGUGUGUGGAGGGGGGGUGUGGGUGUUUAUAGUAACCGCCUUUCCUUUGAACCGGUUUAUUGUCUUUGCCACAUGGGUCCUUGUGCUGCAGCGUUGACUUGAUCUCCUGAUCUCUCCAUUUCCACGUUUGGCCAUCAGCUAGCGAACAGGUCGCCUGUGCAAAGAGUCAGCGUAAGGCUAAAGUUUUCAGAAAGGGGUUCUCAGAAAGGGAAUUCCUUUAAGAGAUGUUUUUAAGGAUUUUUUUUUUCCAGUUUGACCAUUAAGAUAUUAUUUUUCUUCUUUCCUUAGUUAGAUAAUUCUUUUAAUUCAAGUAAAGGUUCAUUUCGGAGCCAGACCAGCCACAUUAGCCAUGUACUAAGUAUUUGCAUUUUUCCCGUUGUUUCCAACUGAUUUCAGCGUAUUCUAUCCUCUUCUAGUCUUGUGUCUGAUUUUCUGGCAAACUGAAAUUUAGACAACUAAACUAAUAAGAUUUCCAUUGCUUACAGAAUGAUUUUGCUUUACGUCCUUAUCAUGAGCACUAUUCCAAGCAUUGAAUGUGAUCAUUUACAAUAGAAACCCUUUUGAACACAAAGCUUUGAUCAGAAGUUCUUUAAUGUUUUAUCUACUCACUGAAACAAAUGAUUUCCCUCAGGGAAAAAAAAAAAAUGAUUUCAUUAAUUACAAAGCCAUCUUUAGCAUUUGCUUUAUAGACUUAGAUCCAUGUUUCUGAGGAAAAGGAUGUUCUCAGGUGAUAUAUUUUUUUCAUGCUUCGGCAUGCA